AUGGAGAAUUUUUUGAAUCAAAUGAGGGUGCCAUUUACUGGAGCAGAGGAGAACAAACCUGGUCUUGGUGGCACCAGGGAUUCGAAAAUACCAAUACAGAAAACUCAAUCUUUCAAAGUUUCAGGAGAAAAAAAACAAGUUGGCCAAAAUUGGUUCCAGAAACAGUUUGCAAGGAAAAGGAGUGGUGAUCAUGAGUCUAGAGACAUGGACCAUGCCGCUGCAGUGGCUGCUGCUGCAUUUGCAAUUAAUUUGCUAGAAGUCUCUGAAGAGAAGAGUGACACCCCGAAGGCCUCAUUGGAAAAGACCAAAAGCAAGGUGGAUGGCACAAAACCUUCAAGAUCCCUACUUAGUAGUGCAUCAAAGCGAUUGUCAGGUUCAUUCAGGUCAAAAGAUGACCAAGGUAAGAAGACAGUGGAGGCAAUUUCCCUUGCACCAUCAGUGAAAAAGACUUCGACUUUCAGUGAUGAAAAGCCUGAGACUUCAACAAAACCUGAUCUUGGAAGACGACAAACUCUUGGUGAAUCUUUCGAAAGGCACAUAAAAGCAGAUGAAUGGGAGGGAACCAAGCUUCAAGAGAUCAGACAAAGGUACGACAAGUUGAGAGAGAUGAUAGAUUCAUGGGAAAACAAGAAGAAGAUGAAAGCCAGACGCAAGCUAGACAAGGAACAGAGAGGAGUGCAGCAACGAAUGAUGAGAGCUUUGGAUGAUUUUGAAUAUAAAAAUAGAUGUAUAGAUCAAAUUGCAGAUGGCGCGAGAACCAAGGCAGAAGAAAGCCGGAGGAAUGAAGAACAAAAAGCAAAAGAGAAGGCAAAUGUAAUUCGAUCAACAGGCAAAACGCCAGGAAUUUGCUUCUGCUUCUGA